GCAAGUUUACUAGUCAGUAGUCCCAGAAAAAAAAUGUUAUCUGGUGAAUGGGAUUAGGUUAUGUUGAUUACAGAAAAAGAAAAAUUAAAUGGUGCUGAGGCUGUGAAAAUCAACAUUAUGAUGACGACUCAUAAAUCUGGAGGUCAAUCUGGAAGAAAAAAAGUACAGGUCUCUUUCGUUAUCCGAGAUGAGAUUGAGAAGCAGCACAGAGCCGGAGUGAACUCACUUCAGUAUGAUUCGCUGCUGCAACGCCUGUACUCGGCUGGCCGAGACAGCAUCAUCCGGACCUGGAACUGCAAACAGCCGAAAGAGCCUUACAUCCAGUCCAUGGAACACCACACCGAUUGGGUCAACGAUAUUGUGCUUUGCUGCGGUGGGAAAAAACUAGAUAUUGUUGUGAUUGCAGUGAUAUCAGCGAGUUCGGAUACAACAGUGAAGGUGUGGAAUGCUCACAAAGGAUUCUGUAUGUCCACGCUGAGGACACACAAAGACUAUGUGCGAGCAUUGGCGUACGCUAAGGACAGGGAGCAGGUGGCGUCGGCUGGUCUGGACAGGGCCAUCUUUCUGUGGGACGUCAACACGCUGACUGCUCUUACGGCCAGUAACAAUACAGUCACAACAUCCUCCUUGAAUGGAAGUAAGAACUCCAUCUACAGUCUGGCCAUGAACCCUCCAGGUACAGUGAUCAUCAGUGGAAGCACAGAAAAGGUGUUGAGGGUCUGGGAUCCAAGGUCGUGCAACAAAAUGAUGAAACUGAUCGGCCACCUGGACAACGUGAAAGCACUGGUUGUGAACAGAGACGGUACACAGUGUCUGUCCGGCAGCUCCGACGGUACCAUCAAACUUUGGUCUCUAAGUCAACAGCAGUGCGUCCACACUUUCCGGAUACACACAGAGGGCGUGUGGGCACUUUUGGCUACAGAAGGAUUUACUCACGUGAUAUCGGGGGGAAGGGACAGGAAGGUUCUGAUGACCGACUUGCGCAACACUAACAAAGCGUCUGUCUGCAUCUGCGAGGAGAGUGCUCCGGUUCUGAAGAUGGCCGCUCCACCGGACUUGAGUGGUCUUUGGGUGGCCACUUCCGAGUCGACGAUCAACUACUGGGCAGUUCCUAAAAGAGAUUGGAUAGGUGAUGCAGGAGUGGGUUCAGGCGAUGAGGGUGAAUGUAUGAAUGGGCUGAAACCAGUAAAUGUGAAACCAGAAAUGACCAUCAAAGGUGGCCCUGCUAUUCGGAGGUUCCACAUACUGAAUGACAAAAGGCACAUUCUCACACAAGACACCGAGAACAAUGUUGCCAUUUAUGAUGUUCUUAAGGCCUGUAAAGUAGAAGAUCUAGGUCAAGUUAAUUUUGAUGAAGAAGUAAAAGCCAGGUUCAGGAUGGUGUAUGUACCGAACUGGUUUAAUGUUGAUUUAAAAACUGGGAUGCUCACAAUCCACCUUGGCCAAGAUGAGAAUGAUUGCUUUUCAGCGUGGGUGUCAUCUAAAGAAGCUGGUAUUGCUGCUAACGAAAUAGUCGAUCAGAAAGUUAACUACGGGAAUCUGCUACUGAAAGCCUUGUUGGAGAACUGGUGGACUACAGUGCAUGUGGAUGAAGAGACUGAUAUACAGGGGGGUGAUUCGGUAACCCCACAGGCCAGGUUUGGGAAUGAGUAUUUCAAAGUUCCUGGACACACACCAUUAAUAUUUAGUGAAGUUGGCGGUCGGACUUUGUACCGCCUUCUAGUCCGAGAUGCAGGUGGCGAGACGGAAAGUGGGCUGUUGAGUGAAACUGUUCCUUCUUGGGUUGUUGACAUCAUUGUCGAGAAGAAUAUGCCAAAGUUCAAUAAAAUUCCUUUUUACCUAAUUCCUUUACCGUCUGGGGUCAAAAACUCAAAGAGAGAUCGACUGAUAGCGAACGAUUUCAUCCAAAUGCACAAAGUGGCCGAGCACGUGUAUGAGAAGGUGCUAGGCUCCGACACCGGAUCAGUGGCCGUCUCUCCUGGUGUUGAGGACCAGGAUAACAGUUCCUUGGCCGAAGAGAAAGUUGAACUGCUUUGCAAUGACCAGGUAUUAUGUGAAUUCACUGACUAAUUAAAACGUCCGCUG